AUCAAUAACUCGAUUCAUUAAAUCGUUCGAAUUGAUUGUUGUAAGCAAUUAAUUUUUUUGGCUUUUCUUUAGUUCUUACAUAACAAUAUUUUUCAACAAUGGAAAAUGAAUAAUGAAGACAUUAAUAGUUAUUUGCCAUCCAUUUUAAAUCCAAGGACAGUAAAAAUAUUCAACAAGGACAUAUCACUUACUCAGAAUUCAACAGUAAGUCGUUCGUCUUUGAGACUAAAAAGAAACAGUGCAAACACAAUAAACAAUAUAAUCCAGGAUUAUAGUCUCGAUAAAGAAAAUUUAAGAAAUAAACUAAAUUGUUAUCCAACAGAUGUCCAAAAUGUAGGGAAACAAAAAAAUAUUUCUGAUGUUAAUUCAUUAGGAUUUUCAGCCAUUGAAGAUAUUGACAGUUUAAAAAAUGAUGAUUUCACUCUAAAUUGUUUCCCAUUAAAUGUCCCUAAUAAUAUUAUAGAUAAUAAAAACAACAAUUCUGUAUUAUCAAUUUCAUCAACAUCUGAAUUACACGAAGAAAAAAGUAUUUGUAGCGAUAAAACUAUUAUUUAUGAUACACAUGAAAAACAAGUAGUAUCUCUUUCUUUCUCCAUUUCAAAAUGUGAAACCGUAGAUAUAAGCACAAAAAAGAGUAACAUAAAAAAAAUACUAUUAGCACAUAAUAAAAGUGACAUAGAUGUAGACUGUGAAAUUUUAGAAGGAUCCGAGUUAUCCGAAGACACAAUAAACAGUAGUACAAACAUGAAUAACUCUUUAUUUAAUACAUCAAAAAGAAAAGCAGUCUCUGUCAACUUAGAAAUUAAAAAACAAAAAUUGACAGGCACAGAAGAAAAAUCAGAGAAUACGAAAAUUCUUAUUUUGAACACAAAUGCCAUUGAGAAACUUACACACAUUAUAGUUCAACCGCCAAAUUAUAUAUUAGUGAAACGUAAAAUUAAUGAUAUCGAUAAUAAUAUUAACUCGAAACAAAAACCUACUUAUGUGUCUGUUAUUAAGCAUGGGAGACAUGUGAAAAAUGAGCAUUUAAAGCAGCAGUCUAUAGAGACAUACUUCAAAAGUAAUAAUACUUCGAGUAUAGAGCCCGUGGUUCCAGUGAACGGUUUCAAUUCAUUAAGAAAUGAUGUUCCUGCAAGUGUGUAUCUCGCUGAGGACCUAGGCCGUAAUGAUGCGCAGGAAAUGAACAGGAAUUCAGUGGUUGGAGAUUUAAUUGGACGGACAUCACAUAAGCUAUGUCCUGAACCGUCAAGAUCUCCACGUAUUUCAUUGCCACGAUCGCCCUCUCCGAAGCGGGACGUUAAGUCAUCAAUUUCAGAAGCUCAACGCGCUUCCUCAUCUAGAUCUAAAAGGGAUAGUGCGGGGUCAUUAUCGCCUAGGAGAAAUAUAGAUUCCAUUCACUUCACGCUACCAGUGAAGUCUAAGUCGAAUAAGGCAUCAGCCUUUGCGCGAAACAUUCCCUACCAUAAGAUAGUAACAGGAACACAUUUUGCUGUUGACGCAUUUUCUUAUGGAGAAAUUCCAAACAUUAAGCAUUAUUUCUUGACUCAUUUUCAUUCCGAUCACUAUAUGGGACUUAACAGGAAUUUCAAUAAAAUGUUAUUUUGUUCCAAAAUAACGGCGGAUUUAUGCGUUUUGCGUUUAGGAGUGAAUUUUAAACGUGUUCAUAUUAUAAAUAUUGAUGAGACGGUUGUUAUCGAUGGUGUUGAGGUGACGGCGAUAGACGCGAACCACUGUCCCGGUGCACUCAUGUUCGUUUUUACAUUGCCAAACGGUAAAAGCAUUCUUCAUACCGGUGAUUUUCGUGCCUCGGAUAUUAUGGAAUCGUAUCCAGUGUUUUGGAAUAAAGACGUGCACACAAUCUAUCUCGAUACUACAUAUUGCAACCCACGAUACGAUUUUCCAAAACAAGAUCAAAGCUUAGAAAUGGCAUUAAAUCUGCUUCGCGAGAAGAAAACAGCGCUCGAAAAGGUCGGAAAGAAGUUUUCGUCUGUGCUUAUAGUCUGUGGCACAUACACCAUCGGAAAAGAGAAGUUCUUCCACGGCAUGGCGCGCCGUGUGGGCUGUUCGGUGUGGGCGUGUCCAGAGAAGGACCUCGUGCUGCAGACGGUCGAAGGUCGCAGUUGCAGCCUCGUCCCGCCGCAGUCGUGUCAGUUGCACGUCGUGCCCAUGAGGGAUUUGACUCAUGAGAAAAUGCGCAGUUAUUUGGCUAAUCUCAAGGGAGCGUUCAGUGAACUUGUGGCGUUUAAGCCCAGCGGUUGGGAAAACGGCAAGAGUCCAUCGGUUGAAAAGGAUUCCGUGACCAUUCAUGGCAUUCCAUACAGUGAACAUUCUAGCUUCUCUGAAUUGAUUCGUUUUGUCAAAUUUCUCAAGCCGAAGCAAGUCAUCCCGACUGUUUAUAUAUCCGGAGGUAUAAAAGCCGUGCAGAAAUAUUUCCCGUGCCCGUUGAUAAGCAAAGAGGAUAUACAUUGUCAAAGCAAACUGACGGAUUAUUUCACUAUAAAGAACCACCAGCAAGUUCCCGCCGUCACUUAAAUAUUUAGGUCAGUAAUUGUAUCUCAAAUGUAAAUAUAUAAUAAUUACAUAUAAUAUAUGUAUAUAUUAGAUAGGGCUGUGUGUGCGCCGGUUCCAUUGCACACAUAGAUAUAUAUGUUCGAAGAGACUCGUGGAUGCCAUAUUAAAAAUAUUUGUGAUUUUAAAAGCCUUAACAUUCGUUCAGAAAAUGAUUGUCUUAUAAAGCGUCGUUAGUCUAUGAUCGUUCGUUAAACGAAAAAUAUUGUUUUUAUGAUAUUUAUCAUAUUAAUUUAAAUAGUCUGUAUAUUUAAAUAGUCUGUAUAUUAAUUUAAAUAGUAGUAAAACUGGUGGUAGGGCUUUGUGCAAGCUCGUCUGGGUAGGUACCACCCACUCAUCAGAUAUUCUACCGACUGGUGGUAGGGCUUUGUGCAAGCUCGUCUGGGUAGGUACCACCCACUCAUCAAAUAUUCUACCGCAAAACAGCAAUACUUGAUAUUGUUGUGUUCCGGUUUGAAGGGUGAGUGAGCCAGUGUAAUUACGGGCACAAGGGACAUAAAAUCUUAGUUCCCAAGGUUGGUGGCGCAUUGGAUAUGUAAGCGAUGGUUGACAUUUCUUACAAUGCUAAUGUCUAAGAGCGUUGGUGACCACUUACCAUCAGGUGGCCCAUAUGCUCGUCCGCCUUCCUAUUCUAUAAAAAAAAAAAAAAUAUCAAAUGGUAACAAUAAUUAAGCCAAUUUUUAAAAAGGAUGUUCUCAAUUCCAAUUAUUUGUACUUUAAUCUGAAGAAAAAAAAUACGUAUGCAGUCUUUAUGAAAUACCGGCAAACAAUCGACCGUUUAAAAUGAAAAAUCGGGAAAAAAUCGGAUAGAUGGCAACCCUAAUAAUUAAAUUAGUAUAGUCUGUGCAAAAGUACACUUGAUUUUAGAUUGUAGUAACCAUUAUUUGUUGCUAUUUAAUAGAAGUCAUAGUGAUUCAUCAUUAGGGAGUGUCCAUAAAUCACGUGAUUCCGUUAUAGACUCCUUUUUAAUCUCGAGUCUUCAUAAAACCCAGUUUAGUUUCACAGUCAAUGCCUUCCUUGAUUAAAUCAUUAGUGUACGCUCCUUUAAGGCCAUGGUAUAGCAAGCGUCGGAGGCGUUGUACGAAGCGAGUUAUAGCAAGCGAUGUUAGCGUGUCCGUGAAGCGCGUAUUUGUACAGUGACCAUGUAUUUUAGAUAAAUUGUCAUGGCCUAAAAAAAUCCUAUACGAUAAAACUGACCUAUAAAACGCGCCCGACGUACCAUAAAAUGGCCUAAAUGCCCGGUUACUACAUUAAAGAAACGAUUAACUUUAAUUACGAUUAGUAGAAUUGUCUACGAGGUGUAAUUCAGAAGCUAAAAUUAUCUUGAUACUUGCGGAUCUAAAGGCUAUGUAUAUAAUUGAUACUUGGGUAAAUGUAUGAAACUGACAGUUAUUCGAAAGUUGAUUGCGGAAAUUGUAAACGACAAUUAUAAAAUCCAACUAGCCGUAAGCAAAACGAAUCGUUUUUACAAUAUAAUAACCGGUCUUUAGACUAUUACGGUAUUUUCUGUAUGUAAUAUGUCGAUUGUAUAUUGUUGUACAAUAAAUAUAAUUAGUGAUAAACAUUAGUCUUUAAAACACAGCUAUUGUCAAAGACGAUUUAAUUGCAUUUAUGUAUAUAGGAUUUCGUAUAUGAAAGAGAAGGACUUCAUAUAUGAAAGAGAGAGAAGAAAGAAAAAACAUUGUCAUAUUCACUUUAAAUAAUAAGUAGUCGUUUGUUGUUAUUGUUGUAUAUUAAUACUUGGGAAGCUAGCGAGUGAAAUUUCUGUAUGAUUUGCACAUUUAGACGUUAUUAAUAGUGUGUUAAUGAUUACGCUGAAAGAAACGUUACCGCGUCUGACAGCGCUUUGAAUUUGAAAAAAAGGGCGUAAUAUGUUAUUUGUUCAUGCCUCCAGAUGUUUAUGUUUAGAAUCUUACUGAAAAAAAAAACGAUAAUUGGGGAGGCAGAUUGUAUUGUAGAAAAAUAUUCUGCUAGUAUGUUACUUAUGCGUUGGCAAUUGACAGCGCUUAAUAUAUAUUAAAGAAUAUUAAUGAGACAGAUGCUGUUCCAAAAAUAGGCAUUUGUUUUUUAAUAGCUCUUCUCGUGACGAACGUCAAGUAAAAAUUUUAUAUCUAAAAUAAAUAAAUAGAUAUAUUGUAAAAUACAUGAUUGUUAAUAAUAAUAAUUGAUUGUUUGUCUCAUGGAUUUUCUUCCUUUCUAGCAUUAUCGGUCGACUUCAAUCAGCCUCAGAGGCAACACUUUUAUCUUUUCUACUAAAUUGGAAGUGUUAUAGUUCAAAAACUUUAAUAAUACGAACUAAGUCAAUUCGCAUUGAUGAUUGGUUUAAUCGCUUUCCACUUGAAGAUGAGCAAAUCAUAUACUGGAAUACUUGCCAGCUCUCUAACCGUAAAAAUUACAUGUAUUGCCAUCAUCAUUAUAUAUAUAUACUAUAUUGACUAUAUUGUCGAUUAUAUAUAUAUAUAUAUAUAUAUAUUGGGAUUUUAUUUAAACAGUAAUAUAUGUAAUAUAGACAAGUAAUAUAAACAACACUGUUAUUUUAGUAAGUAUUUUACUGUGAUUUUGUUUUAAUUUGAUGUACCAUAGUUAAUCGCAAUAGACAAAUAUAAUAAUAGAGUAAUAAUAGCCAUACCAUAGCCAACCAUAGUAAUAAAAGAAUAAAGUAAUAAAAGCCCAAUAAACUUUAUAAAUAAUUUAUAAGCUCUAACGUUAUAAGUUACUAAACUGACGCGGCAGGUCAAUAUUACACGGGCAACUCUACUGUCAAUGUCUGUUUUUUAGUAUACCAGUUACCGCCAGCUGAGCUCGCGUGAGUGUGAAGGUGUUAAAUUCCCUAUAUCCUUGGUCUGUGACUCGGAAGUGCACGCAAAAUUUUAUGACAUGGUUGAGUAGUUAGACAUGAAAGAUUUUACAAACAAACUCACUAUCGCAUUUAUAAUAUUAGUUAGGAUUCAUUCCCAAUUAAGAUUAAAGCUUGUAUCACAAGUGGUUGCGAUAGUAAUCCAAAGAGUGGAUAGCAUAUAUGACUUUCAAAUAGGUUAUAUGGCUAUACAGUUCCUAUUCAAAGAAUACAAAAAUAUUGUUUGGAUAAGUCUGGUAUGAUAUAUUUUUUUAAGUGAUAGUUCUUUGGUAUUCCACCAAAAUUAGUUUUUGAUAUAUAUAAUAAUAAUAUCCUGGGACAUUAUAAACACAUGGCCAUCUGAUCCCAAACUAAGCAGAGCUUGUAAUAUGGAAACCAGACAACUGAUAUGCUACUUUUCUUUUGUAAAUACAUACUUAUAUAGAUAAUUACACCCAGACUCAGGACAAACAGACAUGUUCAUGCACACAAAGGUCUGUCCUGGGUGGGAUUCGAACCCAUAACCUUCGGUGUGAAGGGCAAGUAUCUACCAACCACGUCAAUCGGCCCGUCGAUAGUAUAUUAGUGGAUAAAAUGGUUAUGUGGUAUAAAGACCUGUCUGUCGCCCAUAUAUGAUAUGUAUUGAUAUUCAUUUGAUGAAUGUUUUAUUUCAGGUACAAUAAAAUAUUGUUAAGUUGACUUAUUUAACUGUGAUGUUUUGAUAUUAA